AUGGGUCACACCGAAGAAAAGAACGCCGCCGCAAACGAUAACAGACCAAAACACCGAUAUUCGCCACCCCGGAUCUGCCUAUCCCAUCUUAAAUUCCGUCGUGACUGGCGCGAGAAACUCCCUCGCAGCGUGUCCCGCUUUACAGGUUACCGUCCUUUGGACGAGAACCCUCCAUACCCACCCCUCCCCUUCCCGCCGUUCACAUGGCUGGCGAAACUCCCCCUCUGCUACGAAACAUGGCUCCUAGCCUGGAUUGGCGCCUUCAUCGGCAUCCUCCUCAUCGAAGCCAUAAUGUCCACCAGCACCGCUUUCCGCGACGUCUACCACGCCCCGACGAUAAUCACCUCCUUCGGCGCGUCUGCCGUGCUCCUCUUCGGCGUGAUCGAGUCCCCCGUGGCGCAGCCACGCAAUUUCGUCCUGGGUCAUUUCCUCUCCGCGCUGGUGGGGACGGCGAUCACGAGGCUGUUUGUGCUUAAUGGAAGCUAUCAUGGGUAUUUGGAUAACGUGGCUUUCCAUCCGUCGACGUUUAUUAAUGGAGGUGUGUCGAUGGCGACCUCCUUAUUGGUCAUGCUUAUUACGGGAACGGCGCAUCCGCCAGCCGGCGCAACAGGCCUCAACGCCGCGGUCCAAUCCCAGAUCGUCACUCUAUCCUGGCGCUACCUCCCGACGGUCCUUGCUUCAUCGCUAAUCAUGCUCGGAUGGGCUCUGGUUAUCAAUAAUGUCGGGCGACGCCGGUACCCUCUGCACUGGUGGGCUCCAGGACCGGUAUUCGUUAUUCCGCCGGAAGAGCAGCCGGACGCGCAACUCGGCGCGCAGGAGGAAGCGCAAGAGGAAGUGGAUAUUCAGAGGGAAGUUACGGAGGAGGGGAGUUUGAGGGCUGAGAGUGACCCGUCGGAGACAAUUACUAUGGAGCGUGACGGGCGAAGGGAGGGGAGUGUGUAUUCGGAGCGGAGGGCGAGUUUACAUGAGCAGAGAAGAGGGAGUGUGGGGAGUGCAGCGGAUGGGAUGGUUUGA